GUCAAAGAAAAAGCAGGAAGUAAAUACAACAAUUUGAACGACAAGAGGCUGUCGGGCUUCUUCGCACUUAUCGACGGAGAGGCGGCGACGAGAAGAAGCUGCUAUUUCUUAUAACUCUUAGAUGGAUGUGACAGAGGAGACGUGCCAGGCUGAAAUGGAGGAAAGGGCCCUUAAUAUUAAGCAGGAGGACUGUGAAUGGGAACAUGUGCACCCUAGACAGGGGAGUGUAUGCAUUAAGGAGGAUGAUGAUGAUUACGAAUUGGUGUCCAUGGUAAUUAAGGAAGAGACUGAGGAGAAGCCUGUCAUCUGCGGUGUGCAGGGGCAUAAAGCAAUCGACAAGGUCAAAGAAGAAGACCUUCAGUCAGGGUGUCCAGAUGAAGGAGUAGCAGGAUUAAUCUCCGAUCCGAGGAGAAAUUGUGCCGUUCAGAAGCAUCCUGGCCCUGUGAAGUCUGAUAUUUAUUUAGACACAAAGACCACUGAAGACAUUUCAAGUGGAACAGUUGAAGGUCACACAUCAUCAACAGAUCAGUCUGGAGAAGAUACAAAGCAGAGUCCAAGCUUUUUGCCAUCUUUAUCUGCUCAGAUCUCAUUUCAUGAUGCACCACAUGUUGAAAAUAUGCAGAAAUUGACAUCUGGAUCAGAGUUUUUGACACCAGCCUCUUUGCAGUUUAGUCCUCGAUCUGUUGUGAAACCGCCCAGGACACAAGCAAAUAAUACCCAACAACCAGUGCACAAGACAAAUUCAGGGGCUUUGAAUGUGUCCCAGGGGCAAAGCAAAAUUUUUAAAGGCAAUCCGAUGAACCUUACAAAGCAGAAGCCAUAUUGCUGCUCCGAAUGCGGAAAGGAAUUUUCCACAAGAUGGAAUUUUCAGGCCCACACAACAAUUCAUACUGGGGAGAAACCAUAUUGUUGUUCGGAAUGUGGCAAAAGAUUCUCACACAAAAGAUAUCUUCAAACCCACAUGAGAAUUCACACUGGAGAGAAGCCAUAUUGCUGUUCGGAAUGUGGAAAACGAUUUCCAAAUCGGGGCCAUUUGAAGGAGCACACAAAAGUUCAUACUGGAGAGAAACCGUAUUGCUGUUUGGAAUGCGGAAAACAAUUUUCUACAGCAGGGAAUUUUGAGACCCACAAAAGAAUUCAUACUGGAGAGAAACCAUAUUGUUGUUCUGAAUGCGGAAAACAGUUUUCAAGAAAAGACCGUCUUGACAUCCAUAAACGAAUUCAUACUGGAGAGAAACCAUACUGGUGCUGGGAAUGUGGGAAAAAAUUCUCAGACAGAAGCUGUCUUCGAACUCACGCAAAAAUCCACACUGGAGAGAAGCCAUAUUGCUGUUCUGAAUGUGGGAAACGAUUUCCAAGUAGGGGGUAUCUGAACGUGCAUACAAAACGUCAUACUGGAGAGAAACCAUUUUGUUGUUCUGAAUGUGGAAGACAAUUUUUAACCGCAGGGAAUUUUGAGACUCACAAAAGAAUUCAUACUGGAGAGAAACCAUAUUGUUGUUCUGAAUGCGGAAAACAGUUUUCAAGAAAAGAUCGUCUUGACAUCCAUAAAAGAAUUCAUACUGGAGAGAAACCAUACUGUUGUUGGGAAUGUGGGAAAAAAUUCUCAGACAGGAGUGGUCUUCGAACUCACGCAAAAAUCCACACUGGAGAGAAGCCAUAUUGCUGUUCCGAAUGUGGGAAACGAUUUCCAAGUAGGGGGUAUCUGACGGUGCAUACAAAACGUCAUACUAGAGAGAAGCUGUAUUGUUGUCCUGAAUGUGGAAAACAAUUCUUAACAGCAGGCACUUUUGAGACCCACAAAAGAAUUCAUACAGGAGAGAAACCAUAUUGUUGUGUAGAGUGUGGCAAACGAUUCUCAGACAGGAGCAGAUUCCAAACCCAUGCUAGAAUUCACACUGGAGAGAAGCCAUAUUGCUGUUCUGGAUGUGGCAAACGAUUCUCUGACAAAAGCAAUCUUAACAGGCACAUGAGAAGUCACACUGGAAAGAAGUGACUGAAGUAUCCUUCCCGAUGUAACUACCCCAUGCUUAAAUUUGUAGCAUUGAAAAAUAACAAAAUGGUAAGCAGUCCAGUCAGAAAUAAACCCUUUGUGGAAGAAAACACCUGAAAUUGGGAUCACAAUUGGGAUCUGCGGGAUUAAAUAUAAAAAAGGACUGUCAUAUUUUACUGAACACUAUAACGCCAUAUGAACUAGAAAAAGAAACGGUGCUAGGAACAAUCCCGGUGCAACAGCGAGCCCAGGAAGCUGAUUUAGGGAAACAACAGCAGCAAAUGAAAUAAAUAACUUCAUGACGCAAAAACCCGUCUUCAUCGUAGGCAAAGCAAACCAUUUUUGAGAACUUGACCCCAAAUAUCUUUGGUAGCUCAGAAGGAGAAAGCUUGGAGGAAUGAGUCCCUCAGGGUCUCAAAAACAUUCACAGGGUGGAAGGACUGCGGGCGAGCGCAUGACACUGCCACAUCUCUCUGUUAACCACACAAGUGCCAACAUAACAGUAGACUUCAUAGCCAUAGGACUGGAAAUGAAGGUUAAAAUGAGGGUAGGGGCUACCCGGCGGGUAAUGCUCUGGUACACUUAAUCUAGUAAAAUAUACUUAACGUACUAUCUUAUUAAUUCAAUUAUACGAGAUCAGAGACAAAGCAAAAGACAUUUUCUACCAUUCAUUUCUCAUUGAGUCCAUUAGGAAAGUACAGUAGGUAUUUAAUUUUGUCGUCCAUUCUAAUUCCCGCCUUAAUCUCCGUGUCGUAUUCCAGUAAGGUUGGUGCUGUACUGGCGACUGCGCUACCCUGAUUGAUAACAUUUUAGAAUAAGCUCUCCUCGCACUGGGCUUGACUCCCUUUACUCCUCUCGA